AUGAAUCAGUUAAAUAAUGAUAAUUCAUCUAAUGAACCCAGUUUAACAAUGUUAACGGACUCUUCGGAUAGUCUCAACACUUCAUUUUCUGAUAAUCAAAAUAUGGUAAAAGUAAUUAAAAAUCAAAAAAAGAAACAGGUUACAAAUUGUAAUAUAAAACGUUUAUAUUACUGUCAACGUUGUAUUAAUCACAAUCAAAGAGUACUCAGAAAAGGUCAUAAAAAUUUUUGCAGUUAUGCUGAUUGUGAAUGUCCCAAAUGUUCAAUGGUUUCAAAAAGACGUUAUCUUAAUAGUAAGUUACAUCGAAAAUUAAUUGAUAAACAUCUAUUAACAAAUGAACCAACUAAAAAAAAUUUACCCAAAGAAAGAGUCCCAACAUGUGCACUUUGUGCUGUCCAUGGAUGUAAAAUAUUAUUACGUGGACAUAGAAAGAUUGAUUGUCCUUAUUAUGGAUGUAGAUGUGAAUUAUGUAUAAUAAUUGUUAAUAGAAGAGAUCUAAUGGCUAAACAAAUAAAACUUAGAAGAUUACAAUCAAAUCCUAAAAAAUUUGAAAAAGAAAUGAGAAAAUUAUUAUCUUUAAAUGAACUUAAAGAUGAUUCAUUGAAAAAAAAAGAUUUUUCUUUUGCAACUCUACCAAAAUAUGUUGAAUAUCAAAGUAAUUUAAAAGAACAAUCAGAAAAAAAUGAUAUAAAAAAUAUAGAUAAUAAAAAUAUGGAAAAUAAUUUUAUACAUGCACAAAAAAUUACUCCAUCAUUUUCAAAUAAUGAAAUAAAUUUAAAUACCAAUAUAAUAUCUGAUAAAUUAAUGGAUGAUAAUUUAAUUAAUUCAAGUAACCCUUCUUUAACAUCUUCAAAUGCUAUUUCACUUUCAAAUACUACUAUAAAAGAUUUAGAAAAAGCUCUUCAAAUACAAUUGAAAUCAACUAAUUCAACUAUAAAUAAUUCAUUACAUACUUUUCAACAAAACUCAUUACAAUCAUUAACUUUAAUGGAUAAUAUAAAAAAUGGAAUAAGAAAUAGUAUUACAAAUAAUAUUUCAUCAACUCAAAUACCUCCAAAUACAAUAAAUUUUUUACCAUUAUUAAAUAAAUUUCCGCAACAAAUAAUGUAUCCAAUGUUUGGUAAUAUGGUACAAAUAUUUCCACAACCGGGUAAUAUUCACGAUCAAAAUCUUCAAUCUAAUUUUAAUUUAAUUAACUAUCAAAAUAAUCUUUUUUCAAAUAAUAGUCAAUUGGAUAUAAGAAAUAUGUUGAUGCAACAUAAUUACAUUCCAUUUAACAUAUGGGAUUUAUAA